CUCACACGCACCCACCCUCGCACAGGAUCAGACGUCAUAAAUGUUGAACGGCGCAAUAUGACCGCUGAUUGUCCUCACUGUCCCGGAGCUAUUUCUCCCUACAAUCUAAACGAGGAUGAAGCUACAAUAGCGGGGGGCCGAGAGCUUUUUCACCAGCCUUGCAAGGCCUGCCCGCCUUUCUCUACGCAAGAGCAAGGUCUUUGCUCUACUUGUCAGCACCUAAGAUUGAGACAUCUCGUGAGCUGUGUGCCACUGCCAAACCGUCGGAAGUUUCUGUUCCACCUAUACCCAGACCGGAAGGAGAAUGCAACAGUGGAUUGCCCUUGUUGUCGCCUAAUCCAGCAUAUGGUUUCGCAAGCGUUUGGAGAAAACCCUUUAUCAGAUUUGAUGCCAGAAGACUGGUCUUUGUCACUAUUUCUCAGCUCAGAGUAUUCAAAAUCAUACAAUACCGUCGCAGAUAUAUAUCUCCAGUUCAAAGACGGUGAUGAAGGCAUGUCGAACAUGUGGAUUGGUGACAUCCACGUGGCAGACGUGGGAAAGAUACAGACCGACAUCUCCAGCGUAGGUGAACAGAUAAACUGGCCGCGUUUGCGAGCGGCGAUCAACAAGUGUACAACAGAUCAUAUUGGGUGUAAAUCAGACGGUAAUGCGAACCUACCGCAGGGAUUUAGGCUUGUAGAUGUUGCACGAAGGUGUAUCGUUGAGACGAGCGAUGUCGAUUUCGUAGCUUUGAGCUACGUAUGGGGCAAAGACACGAGAGCCUCGUUAUUGACCGCGACCCGAAAGACGAUAGAAGCGUACAAAAAGGAAGGCGGCCUUGUAGCGUCGGAUAUGCCUCAGACCAUCGAAGAUGCCAUGAAUGCUUGUACCAAGCUUGGGACCAAUUACUUGUGGGCAGAUCGACUCUGCAUUAUACAGGACGAUCCGGAAGAUAAAAUGCAUCAAAUCAUGGCGAUGAACGACAUCUACGAGUCCGCGUCCUUGGUACUGGUUUCUGCUUAUGGUGAUAGUAUGGACUUCGGAAUUGAUGGAGUGAGCCGAUCAAGAUCUGUCACCCAACACCACAUAGAUGUUUCAGGUCUUCGACUGACUAAUCUCGUCCGCGAAUCGGCGGAAGAUCCUCUGUCAUUAUGGCAGACACGAGGAUGGACUUACCAAGAAGCUGUUUGUGCAAAACGGCUGCUCCACUUUACGAACACACGAGCAUACUACGAAUGCCAAACUUCAACAUAUUACGAGGACAUGUAUAAUCCAGAAGCAGAGAUAGAUGAAUUCACUACUUAUGGUGUACGCUUGGAUGGCGAGGAUUUGGUGUUUGACGCAUUUGAGCGGCAUCUAGCAAACUACAGUUCCCGGAAACUCUCGUUCCCGUCAGAUGUUUACAAUGCUUUUAUAGGCAUUGCAAAUCUGCUGUACGGACCAAACUAUAACCAAUUGUUCUUCUAUGGUCUACCAAAGAUCGACUUUGAUCGUGCGCUUAGAUGGCAUGCUUGGAACGGUGUGAACUCCAUUCAAAGAGCGGAGUCCUCAACCCUUACCUGCCCAAGCUGGUCUUGGGCGUCUGCAAUGAUACAAGGGGAACAAGUGAGAUAUCAGGAUAUGGCAUUCUACGGGACAUUGACGUUAUGGACUGCAAAAACUAGUGAUCCGGAGAGAUGGGAAGUGCUCAACCUUCAAGCGGGCACAAAAGUAGAUGAAAAUUGGGAGACGAACAUGACAAUCGCUAUUGGAGCGGGUUGUUUUCGGAUUUCUCCUAUAGAGAAGCUUCUACGAAGUUCGGACCGCAUUACUGUACAUGAAAGAUUUUGUGCCCGCUGGUCAAAUUAUGACAGCUUCUGCAGGGAAUCAAUUCCGAAUCCGGGAGAACCUCGACUCCAAGAUCCAGCGACCGGUAUCAUGGGACUAGGCUACAUUCAUACCAUAGCCCAGGCAGCCUUUUUCAGGCUUGGACAACGUAAAGCAAGCCAAUAUGGUGUAGGGAUUCUCGAUGCAAACGAUCAAAUCAUCGGUGAACUAUGCGGAGGACUCACAAAAUUCCAGGAGGAAGCUCUUAAUCCUGAAAAUAAAAGCCAUGAGCACGAGUUUGUUGCGAUCUCCUUAUCAGGGUUCCAUAUUCGCCCGUAUACCGGAGAAGAGAGAACAACGAAGAACUAUGUUGACAAAGAAGGUGCUAAUCUGGAUGCAAUACCUAUCGUAAACGUUCUUUUGAUCGAGCGCAAGAAUGAUCUUGCGUAUCGGAAAGAACUGGGGUGGGUUUAUAUGAGAGACUGGGCCGUUGCAGCUAGAUGUUGGAGAUCAGUCGUACUUGGUUAAUUGCAAAUCUCGAAAUAACCUUCAGUGCAAUAUGAAAACGGGAGCAUACGGGAAAAACUACGUCGACUACUUCGAUUAUCAAUUGCAAAGUCUUUAAUUUUUUUGAUUUUUUUUGAUUGGAAGUUACAGUGGUUCCUACAUUCCCCAAUUUUGUAUUAAUCUUCUGGGAUACUUUCUGAAUCACAUU